AUGGGUAUGGCGACUGCAUGCUAUUCGACCAGAUGCAAGACGGGAACUAGUGGACCAAGUGGGAACACUGUCAAUUCACAACCGGAAGAAAAACGCCUGAAAAGUGUCAGUUGCUGCAACGCCGAUCCUGAUUCUCUACGAGGUUUUGGCAACCCUGUGAGGAGUGUAUUACGUGUAUACACGUGUCGCGAUAUCUCGAAUAUCGCACCAACUGAAACACAAGUAUAUUACGUCUAUGCAUGUAUCGCGAUAUCUCGAAUAUCGUACCCACUGAAACACAAGGCGGCCUGGUGUAGCACAUCCAGUUUCUUCAAAACAUCAUAUACGAGAGAUUCUGCUAGGUUCCAGCUGCAACAUCCUUCCGUUGCCAUGCCACCCAAAGAAAGCACGAGGGCUGAGAUACUGCCAAGUUGCCUAGACAGGAACAGUAGAGGUGCAGAGAUCGGGUUCGAACGAUGGAUCUUCCGGUCAGUAAAUUCGUACUCUAACUACUGA